AGUCGAUUCACAGAUUGCGCAGCCGAACAUCACCACAAUCCCCCUACCUGAGUUACGACCCAUUGCCAUCUACGAGAUUCACCAUCUGCAGGACGCUGCCUUAGAUCUACUUCACGAUGCUUGGUAUUUAGUUGAACCACGAGCCUCCUCUUUUGCGAUUCGCGCAGGUAGACAAUUGGCUCAGGGCGACAAAACAGUAACGGGUCGCGGUUGCGGUUGCGGAGGCCAUCAACACCCUCACCACCGACAUUGGGCAUCUUCUUUGAGAUCUAUUGUCCUCUGCUUGACUUCACGUCACAUGCCCGUCACCUUGGUACUUCACGCAAAUAACACUAUCCAUUAAUCCAAACAAACGCCCAAGUCGCUCCUUCCCACUGCCUUCUCACAACGCCCACCAUGGCCGACGAUUCAACAGCUCCCCUCGUGGUUGAUACAUCUGACCGUCCGAUCACUCCAACGUUACCAACCCCUCUUGGUUCCAAGACGCCACCGACGAUAUCAUCCAAGCGCUUCGGACACAACGAGGACGGCAUGUCUGCCAUCCAGCGAGCCACCGAGGCCAUGAAAGCCGAUGCUCUGAAUCGGAGGUUAAAAGAAAUUGAGAAUGCUGGAAGACCGCGGGACAGAACUCCAGGUCGUAGUCCUAGUCGAAAGAGACAGAGGAUCUAUGGGGAUAGAUUCAUACCGAACCGAGAUGGACAAGACCUGCAAGCGAGCUACAGCUUGUUACAUGAUGAUGCCUCACCAGCGACACCUUCAAGAUCAAAAAAGAAGACCCCUCAUGGCGAACUACACUUUCAGCGGACGGAAGAAGCGAAUAGAACAUACUCCAAAGUCCUGCGCAACGAGCUGAUGGGUGAUUCAGUCCCGCAAGACUACAGAUCUUUGUCCCCAGAUGAACUGUUCGGCCGACGACAAACCCCUCCAGGCCAACCAUCGAUAUCGGCCAUGCCUCCUGCCUCCAUCACGCCUACCACUCCUCACAAGAAUAUGUUCUCCUACAAGUCCCCACAGAAAGUGAUCGGCUCAGGCCACCCCACUCCCUCAUCUCGAGCCGGAAAACAUCCUGGAAUCAUAAAUCUGAAUGCGAGGUCGGAUUUGUACUCCAUCUCGCCCAUCAACUACUCAUCACAAUCCAUAUUGCAAACACCGCGAAAGCAGCCCCGACCAAUUGCCAAAGUUCCUUACAAAGUGCUGGACGCUCCUGAACUAGCGGACGACUUCUACUUGAAUCUGGUGGACUGGGGAUCGGCGAACAUUCUUGGUGUAGGGCUCGGAUCGUGUGUCUACAUGUGGAACAGUGCCACUGGCAAAGUCACACAGUUAUGCAAGCUGCCUGACAAUGAUUUGGUGACAUCUGUGGCGUGGAUCCAGCGAGGGUCACAUCUGGCGAUUGGAACGCACAAGGGAUUCGUCCAGAUCUACGACGCUGAGAAGUCAAGGAGACUGCGCACAAUGACCGGUCAUUCGGCGCGAGUUGGAGCGCUAGCCUGGAAUGAUCAUAUUUUGACCUCUGGCUCGCGGGAUCGACUGAUAUAUCAUCGGGAUGUCCGCAGCCCAGAUCAGUAUCUGCGAAGGUUGGCAGGUCACAAGCAAGAAGUUUGUGGCCUACGAUGGAACACUGAAGAUGGUCAGCUCGCUUCAGGCGGCAACGACAACAAGUUGUGCGUGUGGGAUAAACUCUCCGAGACACCCUUGUAUCGGUUCUCGAGCCAUGUCGCAGCGGUCAAGGCCAUUGCUUGGAGCCCCCAUCAACAUCACCUGCUGGCUUCCGGUGGUGGAACAGCAGAUCGGUCGAUCAAAUUUUGGAACACCGCCAACGGGUCUCUCAUCAAGGAGGUCGACACAGGAAGUCAGGUGUGCAAUUUGGCCUGGAGCAAGAACAGUGACGAAAUUGUCAGUACCCAUGGCUACAGCCAGAACCAGAUCGUGGUGUGGAAGUAUCCCAAGAUGGAACAGGUUGUCAGUCUGACUGGACACACCUUCCGUGUCCUUUACUUGAGCACGAGUCCAGACGGGACAACAGUUGUGACUGGGGCGGGAGACGAGACACUGCGGUUCUGGAGAGUGUUCGGCAAGAAGGGAAACGAAGGGAGAAACAGUGAUGGCAUUGCUGGACGAUUGGGCGACUGGGGCGCGAUUCGAUGAUUCAACCACUCAUCCCAGUCGUUGCAACCAACUUGUGUCCGCGAACCGACCUAUACAACCGUCAUGCCCAACAUUACCACGCACGAACCCAAACGAUUUCACAUUGAGAUGACUUCUUGACGAAGUCGACUUGGAUCGACUCGAAUUUGUUACGACGUCUUGACUCCACGCGACCAACACUGUACAGCACACAGCUUUAUGACAUUCAGCCCGCGAGCUAAUUUCCAUGGACGGACGGGGUGGAGCUGAUGAUUAUAUUCUUUCUUAUUAGCGAGCACGAAAGGCCAUGUCAGAUUCAGAACCAGAACCAGAACCAGCGAGCGACCAAUCUUUGUCCGAGCUGGGAUAUCACGAGACUUUGCCACGAUCUGAUGGUGGAGGGCGUUGUGACGGAGAUCUUUUUUGCAGAUGAUGGGGGCUGCCUUGGCUUCACGAACUAGCUUGAGCGAGUUGGGGAUUGCUGUUGAUUUUUGCAAGCGUGGCGCCCAUGGUAGCACCGGAUCAUAGGUCAAGCGAUUUCAUAUGGUUGGGAAAGCAGGUGUCUCUCACCGUUGAGAGCUAUGGUCUGCAGGAGGUACUCCAGGAUCCAGGCACAAAAGCCCGACGAUUUUGUAAGGAGGCCACUACAAAUAACAAAGACCGAGCUGAGAAACCGAAAACGGAUUCAAGUGCACUGCGCAGAC